UCUAGAAAACGUGAAAAAAACGGUACCUGUAGUUUAAACUUCAGUUGUAAAAUUGGUCCAGAAAUAUGACUGGUUGAUAAGCUAGAUAUCUAUGUCCACAUAAGCUAAAAAAGAAGAACAAUCAUGGAUUCAAAGAAUACAUGAAGUAGGGUUAAAACAAAAUUAUUUUUGAAAAUUUUGUUGUAAUUUUUUACAUAAACGUGUAAAAGCAACAAAAAAUAAAUAAAAAUGACUACUUUACGACCAUUCACUUGCGACGAUAUGUAUAAAUUCAAUAACGUAAAUUUAGACCCUUUAACGGAAACUUACGGUCUUUCUUUUUAUAUGCAAUAUUUAGCGCAUUGGCCAGAGUAUUUCCAAGUUGCAGAAUCACCGAGUGGAGAAAUAAUGGGUUACAUUAUGGGAAAAGCUGAAGGUAUCGGAGAAAAUUGGCAUGGACAUGUUACAGCAUUAACGGUAUCUUCAGAUUUCAGAAGAUUAGGCUUGGCAGCUUCCCUAAUGAACUUUUUAGAAGAAGUUUCUGAAAAAAAACGAGCUUAUUUUGUGGAUUUGUUUGUAAGAGUAAGCAACAAAGUUGCUAUUAAAAUGUAUAAUAACUUGGGGUAUAUUGUGUAUAGGACAGUUUUGGAAUACUACUCUGGUGAUCCGGAUGAAGAUGCUUUUGAUAUGCGAAAAGCUUGUUCUAGGGAUGUCAAUCAGAAAUCGGUGAUACCUUUGGCCCAUCCAGUUAGACCUGAAGAAGUCGAUUAACAGUUUACUAAUUAAAUUAAUAAAUUUUGAUACAAUAAAUCUAAAAACUAA